AUGCCAUACACUGCGCCGUUGAAGUCGUUGCUCGCCGCGCAGCACAUCGAAUAUAGUGAUCGCCCCACCGACGCCUGCUCAGAACGACCGGGCUUGGUUCGUUCGGCAUCGGCUCGUCUACAGAACUCCCGUGCCUACUCAUCCACCUCCUACGUCCGCCGGCACCGGAGGAGUCCGUCGAUCUGUAAAUCACCGCAGCACGCCUCAUCAGACCCUGCCUCUCGCCUUUCGCCCCCCAUUGAUCCUCAUGCCAGUCUCCGUCAGUCGCCGCCUCCAUUGAACAAUGCCUCGAUUCCCCCCGGGGCGGUGAUCUCACCCCCCGAAUCGGCCCCGAACUCCGACGAGGAGUCCCCGUGCCACGGAUCAGCUAUCAAGCUGGAGGAGCUCGAGGCCGCUGUACGAUCUAUUGAGCAGCGGAAGGAAAGUUCCCCUGAAAGAGAAAGCAUGGGCCCCGCCAAAGAGCUCGGCACAGAGGCUCGAUCCUCGUCCAGCGUCGCAACUCACAGCCCCCAAUCCAAGCCCAACUACCUACGCCUUUCCAAGGAAUCGCGGAAGAUUGCGCACUCGCGAUCGUCAACCGAAACCGCCAUUGACCUCAAGAGAGAAGAAGCUUUAACCAGCUCACCGGAUGACAGUGAUGCUGAAACAAGCCCGAAGCCGCCGAUGGUACGAAAGAAGUCUGGCGAGCUAGUCCGGCCUGCCCUUCGACCGCCGUCCGCACGACGACGACCGUCGAGCAUGCCCGGUACGCCAGUCUAUGCCAAGGCUGUGCACUUUGACUCCCAGUUGGAACACAUCCGCCAUUUCUUGCAGCUCGACCGACCAUUGGCAGUCAGCGCUGAAACAUCCCCAGUUGAUAAUCACGAUGCCGACAACGAGUUUCCAUUUGGCUCGGAUGCAGAGAAACGUGCUUCAUCCUGGGAGUGGGAGCUUCGGCUGCCCAACUUUCCCAAAGACAUGUCCUCAUGUGCUAAACAUCCCGUUCGUCUGGAAAAGCUAUACCUGUCAGCUGACAAGAACGUUUUGAUUGGCUCUGUUGCAGUGGCCAAUCUUGCGUUCCACAAGCACGUAGCUGCUCGCUUCACGUUCGAUUACUGGAGAACUGUUUCCGAAGUCGGGGCCGUUUACUUCCAUGACAUCCGGCGCAAGCAUGCCCAGGAUGGACACGAUCGGUUCUCAUUUGAAAUCAAGUUGGAUGACCAAGCCAACUUAGAGCACAAGACCAUGUUUGUAUGCAUUCGAUACAACGUAGAUGGUCAAGAAUUCUGGGACAACAACCAAGGGAUGAACUAUCAGGUCGAUUUCCUUAAGACCCAGAAGACCACUGUGAACAAGCCAUCGGGUGGUGUCCGACCUGCUCUUCCACGCAGUCGAACGUUCACCGACUUGCAUUCCGCGUCUCGCCCACAUUCGACAUCUUUCGACGACUUCCCAGGCAGUAAGGAGUCCAACAAGAACGUGCCCUUCUCGAAUCCGUUCUCUGUGAAAUCCAAAACUCCACUCGAUCGCAAGUCAUCGGAUGAUAUCGAUACCGUCGGUCCACCGAAGCGCCGUGAGAAGCCGCACCCGCAGGCAUUUGGUAAUCGAUAUGACUUUGGUGCCUCAUUGACUGCGGCCAUGAAGACCAAGCCUCCCCUCGAUCGGACUACGCUUACCGCACGUGCCCGAUCGACUCAGGGCCCGGAGGCAGAUGAGGGCAAGCAAGUGGACAAGGCACCACAGAGUGCAUCGGGCCAAAUUUCUUCUCCAGUGAGAGAUGGAUCUCGAAACGAAGAUCUGAAACCUUCCUCAUUGGUAUCUAGCAAACCGUGUCACGAGUCUUCCGUGUACAAAGAGUUGGUGGAUAAGUAUUGCUUUUAUGGCUCCCCCACAAAAGCCUCGAACCCUACUUCCCCUCAACUCGACCUGACUUCGAAGAAAGAGGAAGCGCCAAACCGAUUUUUCAUAGGUGCUCCCUCACCACCUCUUUCUCCUCGCUCCCCUGCUCCUCUUCAAGUGGCCCAACCAGCUCCGGCCGAGCCACCUCGAUCAGAAUCCCGCCCGGCGUCGUUAUCGCCGGCCUCUUUGAGUCCACGAGCGUCGCCUCGCGUGUCUCCUGCGAUAAACUUUCGCUAUCCCUAUCAACAAACUAUGCAGAACGGAUUCAUGAAAGACCCUCACUCGUCCCCAGUUAUCAGAGGGUGA